CCCUCCGAGCCUCCAGUCAGCUAUAGUGUCCCCAACACACGCCACUCGAUUCGAAGCUUUGGCUGGGGCGGGACUGGCUGGACGUGAAUAUUUAUCAUCCUAUACACCAGCCAGGAAUGUUGCCCCGUCACCAUGAGGGUCUGUGGUGAGUGGCGAAUCUGGUGAAGUGAUAGGAGGCGGAGUGGUGACGUGACAAUGGCGGAGAGGGAGAGGAAGGACCACGUGAAGGCUGAAGACAAGGAAGCUACAGCUCACACACACUCAAAGAGACGUUCCUACAGAUGGAAGUCCCGCAAAAAGGAAAUAGAAACUGUUUAUGUUUGGCUUCCUACACUAGGAGUAAAUAUAAUCAAGAAUCACAAGAACCUAGUGAGGCAGCUGAAGGAGCUGCGACAGGCAGGUGUGCAGCACAUUCAGGUCCCUCUGUCGGACCAACUCUCCGCCACAGUGCUGCAGCUUGUGUGCGACUUCUUUAAAAAGAAGAAAUGUGGCAUGAAAUUUUUCAUCUCGACAUCAGUGGUGGUGCCGGAGGAGCCAGCACUGUUGGUGCAACGUCUGGAGGAGCUUUACCUGUACUUGGGUCAGCGGCCAGUGGACUUGCUACUACUGGAAAAUCCAGUGGGCCUCAGAGGGUCUAACUACACACAGAUAUACAACAAAAAUGAGGACGGGACUUGGCCACCUGUUAGAAGACUGUUUCAGAGAAGCAGUGAUGGACAGCUUGUCAUUCCUCCCAACAUUAUGCAAAACCUCAGCACUGUCUGGAGACUGUUGGAGACAGAGUUAUGGUUUCAGGUCAUCAAGCGAGGUCUUGCGAUGCAUCUCGGUCUUCGCAACUUUACCCUCUUUCAAAUUCAAGAAUUACUGAAUGUGGUAAAACUCAAGCCUAUUAUAGUCCAGGCUGAGCUCAAUCUAUAUUUUCGACAGAAGAAAUUGAGGAGCUUUUGCAGUAACAACAAUAUAACUGUGUGUGCCAUAUACCCUUUUGGCAGCCCGUACACUGACAGCAGUAGGAAUUUGCCUGUGCUGACACAACACAGGUCAGUGAGAAGUAUUGCCCACAAGUUGGACACUUCCCCCAAGGCUGUGCUGCUGAGGUACCUUUUGGUGUAUGACAUCCCUGUGGUUAUAGACAACUCCAUGGCCCGGGGAGCAGCACACCUAAUCCAGACUGUUUAUGAGAUCAAGUUAGAGGAGAAACACAUGGAAAAGCUCUCUGCCGUCCAGCAAAGUCAACCUAAAAGAGUGCUCACAGAAUUUGAAUUGUGGCAAAAAAAGUUUCCUUUGUGGCCAUUCUAUAUAAAGAAUGAAGAGGAGAAAUGUAUAUCAAAGAAAACUGGUGCAGGAAGGACUGAGAAGCACAGGAAGCAGACAGGCAUGGCAGGCUCACUCUUCACCAUAGAGGACACUCACAGCAAGGGCAAGGUUAAAGUGAAGGAGUGAUGCAGGUGUGCUCUAUGGGUUAGGCUGGCUGGGUAUACGCCAAAGUGUGUCUUGCCCAAACUUUGGAGGGAGUUUCUGUGGAAUGUAAAAAUAGGAAUUGUGUUGAAUGUAAAAUGAACACUCCUGGAAGUAAAAUGUUAAUAGAAUGCAGUGAU